AUGGGCCAGGCCAUUACAACAGUUCGCUCUGCCAUCAAGUUGGCCGACGAAGAGGCAAGGGCAAAGGCGGAGCAAGACCUCGACGUGCUUAAUCAGUUGUGCAGUUCGAGUCUGAACGAGUUUGAAGCAAAGCUUGAAGCCAAGUUCCUGAAUCAAGAUGCGGCUCAAAAAGUAGAUGUGCCUGGCAUCCGAGCCCUUCGGAAGACGAGGUACCACAAGUUGAUAGUCAAAGAUGAGGUCAAGCCCAGCAAGAGCAUCGGUGAUGCCAUCGAUGAAUUCUUCAGCACCGGGACUGGGGGGUCCAAUACUGGAGACGCUGUCAAGGAGGGCUUCAAGAAAGUCGUCACCUCUGCUCUAGGGCCUUUUAUGGAAAGGACCGACGUCGGCCAGCACAAAGAGGAGAAGUAUUUCAUCUACGUAAUGCACAACGCGGUUAUACGCCUCGAUGUAAUGCUAUGGCGCUGGAACUUUGCCGGCAAGGGCUUCAGUGAUAAAUACGAAAGCGCCUUGGGAUAUCUCGUUUGCACAUCCGUAGUCGAUGUAUCCGCGUUGAAGACGAGUGAAUUUCUCUUUUUGAUCAGCGAGUACGCUGGUGAUGAAGAAGAAGAUGUCAUCAAGUAUACUCAGAAGAUGCAGCAAAUCUAUGACGCCGCCCGUCGAAUGAAACUGAACCAGGCUUCCAGGGAGAGACGGGAUGACGAGUAA